GUUGUCUUAUCCUGCUUUGUGCAGCGCCGCCCAGCUCAUCCACACCAAUCAAAACAUCAACCGAAAUAAGUAUAAGAGGCAGAGACACACAGCCCGACAGCCUACAGUCUGUAUCCACUGUGAACAGAUGCAGAGAGGCUCUUCUUCAGGGGAAUCUGGACCACAUUAUUUCCCCUUUGUAUCCCGAGUUAUUCUGUAAAAACAAAUACAGAGACCAGAAACGUUUACUUCACCACCGCCGGCUGUAGGUCGUUGUGGUCGCGGCGCCUUUAACAAUCCCACAAGUCUUUGCCAGACAUGGAGGAAAAAUACACAGAGCCACUGAGGCUGCAGGCUGCUAAAGGUUGAGUGGACUUUUGGAAAGCUCUCCUGCACUUGGCGUGAAUAAAUGUCUGUGUUCAUCAGUUGGGAAAAACAGAGAAUAUGUGUUUAAAACUAAGCCUUUAACGACCUCGAAUCAAGCCGAAAAAUGUCUCUAUUAAUGGAGCUAGCCUGGAUAGAGAGCUAACCUAGCUAGCCAGCGUAGCUUUCUAGAGCUGCUAACAGCAGUGGGCUGUUUCAGUGAAUGACUUCAGUCACCAGCUAAUAAACAUCUUAUUUUUUAAUGGUGUAGUCCAUGUUACACAGACAGCGCAGUGGUAGCUGUGUUUAAGAAGUGGUGACCACACAGAGUCUAUAGACUAUAACAGGGUGGCACACCGUGUAGAGUCAAACGUUAGCUUAGCUUGUUGUUUUUUUAAUGCACUUGUCAUGCCAACUCGCAAGAGAAAGUUACUCCCAUCUGCUCAACUUUGCGAGCAGCUAAAUGCGACUCCUAAGCAAAUGCAGCAAAAGACCACCCGAGCGGAGGAGGGCGACAGAUACGAGGAGCAAGAUCAAGAAGAGCUCCGCAGUCAGUAUUUUGCGAGAAAUGAUGAAAAUGGAGCCAGGUUGAGAUUUAACUUCUUCAACCAACCAUGUGUUGAUUUAGCCAAAGCCUUUCUGGGUAAGGUGCUGGUGCGGAGACACUGUGAUGGCACGGAGCUAAGAGGCAGGGUGGUGGAGACGGAGGCUUACUUGGGUGGGGAGGACAAAGCGUCACACUCAGCUGGAGGGAAGCGCACAGAGAGGAACGUUGCCAUGUUCAUGAAGCCUGGGACUGUCUAUGUUUAUCCCAUCUAUGGCAUCUACCUCUGCAUGAAUGUCUCCAGUCAGGGGGAGGGGGCGGCAGUGCUGUUACGCUCUCUGGAGCCCCUCCAGGGGCAGGACGUCAUGAGGAAGCUGCGGGCAGCCAAACGAAGAGAUGGUGCCAGGGCCCUGAAGGACAGGGAGCUGUGUAAUGGUCCGUCCAAGCUCUGCCAGGCCCUGGAUAUCCAGCGCUGCUUUGACCGCAGGGACCUGGCCACGGACACUGAGGUAUGGCUAGAGGACUCUGAAGAGGAGACACCAGGGACUAGAGAGGUGGUUUCAGCCCCACGGAUUGGUAUAGAAUCUCAUGGAGAAUGGGCCACAAAACCUCUACGCUUCUACCUGCGGGGUCACCCCUGUGUGAGCGUAGUGAACAAAGAAGCUGAGAGCAAACUUGAGGUAACUGCCAAGUCUCAUCAGGCUACCACAGGAGGACAGAUAGCUGAAAACUGGCAUUCUUCAUGAAAUUUGAGAAUGUAAAAUUCCCACUUUUGCCAUUAUAGGAGCAGUUCACUUUUAUCUAAGCCAAAGAGCUUAGGCAUUUUCUAAUAAACAUUUAUGUCUGACA